AUGUCGGCAGAGGAACUCAGACAACAGCUUACAGACCUGCAGAGCAGGCAUGAAGCACUACAAGCUCAGCUGCAGGGACAGGGACAUCAAGUUCACCCUGAACCCACAUCAACACCUGCCACCGGAGAUAAGGUGUGCAAAGUAUCUGUAAAAUUGCCCCCAUUCUGGGCCGACAAACCAAAAGUAUGGUUUGCCCAGGCGGAGUGUCAGUUUCAUGUCGCAGGAAUAACAUCUGACAUGACCAAAUUUAGCCAUGUUAUAAGCAUUAUAGACCAGAAACUUAUUGGAGAAAUAGAAGACCUGGUAUUAGAUCCGCCUAAAGAAGAUAAAUAUGAAACUUUAAAAAAGGAGCUGAUUAGAAGACUGGCAGUGUCAGAGCAAGAACGGGUAGACAGGCUAGUGAGUGAGGAAGAACUUGGUGACAACAAGCCCUCCACUUUCCUCAGGCGACUCCGCUCUCUCGCAGGGACUACAAAAGAUGAAACCCUGCUGCGACAGCUGUGGAUGAGGCGUUUGCCGACCAACGUCCAAGCUAUUCUCGCUGCUCACACUGAUCUUUCACUUGAAAAGUUAGCAGGUUUGGCUGACAAUAUAAUAGAGGUGUCGCCAGGGUCCUCAAAAGUUAAUAAAAUUGACAAAACCUGCCCAUCAAGUGACAUGGCUUCGCUUAAAGAGUGCAUUGAACAGCUGACCAUGCAAGUGACCAGCCUUGCUGGCUCUCAAGCCAGAGGCCGCUCCCGCAACAGAUCUUCUUCAAGAACCAGAAGCCGAAAUGGAUCCCCAACCUCUCGGAGAUGCUGGUAUCAUAGAAAAUAUGGCACCAAAGCCACCAAAUGCAUAUCUCCUUGCAACUGGGAGGAAAACUCCAACCGCAAUCAGUAA